AUGCCGCCGAGACGCCAUAACCGUCAACCGACACCUCCGCCUUCGAGCGAGGAGAGUGUGACACAGUCAAUUCAGACACCGCCGCCUCCCCCACCCCCGGUUAAUCGGGAAAUAGUGAAGCUGUUCUUGGAACAGAAACCACCUGUGUUUGAUGGACUUGGAGAACCGGCCAAGGCCGAAUCAUGGAUCCGCGCGAUAGAGCGUAUCUUCGCAAUCUUGGGAUGCAAUGAUAGGGAACGGAUGAGUUGCGUUACUCACCAACUAAUCGAGGCAGCCGACUUUUGGUGGGAUACUAGAACGAAGACCCUGACGCGAGACCAAGUAGAAGCAAUGACGUGGGAAGAUUUCAAGACUGAAUUGUACAACAAGUAUGUGCCGAAGAGCUACCGGAAAGCAAAGGCAUCCGAGUUCCACAAUCUGACUCAAGGACGCAUGACUGUGACCGAGUACGAUCGAGCGCUCAAUAGCAUGACCCGAUACGCCCCUGAUCAAGUCGACACUGACGAGAAGCUGUCCGACAAGUUCCGUGAGGGACUAAGGUCCGAGAUAAAGAUGUCGUUGGCCAGUCGAGGGAGACUCACCUAUGCUAAAGCUUUGGCACUCGCGUUGGAUAUUGAGGCAGCAAUGCCUAGAGAGAGAGCAAAGGAGAACUCUACACCGUCCUUACCCCCAUCACAUCACUCCCGGGAGAAGAGGAAGUGGGAGGAUACUAGGAAUUCCUACGACGGAAAACGGAACCAGUCGAAUCAACAUCGAUCCCAGCACGGAGGAGGGCAACAUACGUCUAGCCAGAGAGGAGACUAUCGACCCAGGGCACCGCAGUGCAAUGUGUGCUCUAAGUACCAUUUCGGAGAAUGCCGAUAUCAGAACGUCGUCAAGUGCUACACUUGCGGAGGAAACGACCACUUCUCUAGGGAGUGUGCAAAUAACAAGGUAGGAUCGGGAUCAAGGCAGAACGAUCAAGGAUCCCGUCAGCAAUUGAGGGCACCGCAAAGUGAACCACGAGGAAAUCGCGACCCACCGUCGCGACAGCAACAACCACCCCGCCAAAGGCUUGCUCCACAAGCGAGAGCGUACGCGUUGGAACAUAAGAAGCCGAAGAAAGAGCAAGAUGAUCGUGAGAAAGGAAACUUGACAGGUAUGGGCGAAAUUCUCGAUACCCCCGUUGUUGUGUUAUUUGACACGGGCGCAUCGCAUUCAUUUAUAUCUGAGUUAUGUGUGCACACUUUGGGCUUGCCUACUAGCGAAUCUGAACAUAGAAUGAUGGUGUCCUCACCAGUAGGAGGAAUGAUAGAAAUAUCUAGAACAUGCUCGAACAUAGAAAUUGUUAUGGGAGAACUUAAGUUAGUCGCUCACGACCUGCAAGUUAUGGCGAUGAGAGAUACCGACGUAAUCCUAGGAAUGGACUGGUUGGCCGCGAAUUUCGCGACGAUUCGAUGUAAGGAGAGGAAAAUAUCCCUACAAGCUCCGGGAAAAGAACCUAUCGUGUAUCAUGAAAUCUCGAUGAACCGGCGAACUGCGAUAAUCUCUGCGCUGCAAGCUACCGCGAUGAUGAGAAAGGGGCGACCUGCCUAUCUCGUCUAUCUUCACGGCAAUGAGAAUGAUGAAAGAAGAGUGGAAGACGUCGCUGUUGUGCGGGAAUUCUCAGAUGUUUUUCCCAAAGUGUUACCUGGACCACCGCCGGAUCGACAAUUGGAGUUCACCAUCGAUCUCGAGCCGAGAGCCGCACCCGUAUCCAAAGCACCAUAUCGAAUGGCACCUAAGGAGUUGGAGGAACUCAAGAUACAACUCCAGGAGCUCAUGGACCUAGGUUUUGUUAGGCCUAGUGUUUCGCCGUGGGGCGCACCGAACAAGUAUCCACUGCCGAGGAUAGAUGACUUGUUCGAUCAACUUCGAGGAGCCGGAGUGUUUUCGAAAAUGGACUUGAGGUCCGGAUAUCAUCAACUAAGAGUACGAAGGGAGGACAUACCGAAGACUGCAUUUCGCACAAGAUAUGGACACUACGAGUUUGUUGUGAUGCCGUUCAGAUUAACGAAUGCCCCAACGGUAUUCAUGGACUUGAUGAAUCGAAUAUUCCAUCCGUACUUGGAUAAAUUCGUCCUAGUAUUUAUCGAUGACGUUUUAGUCUACUCGAGGAACGAGAAGGAGCACGAGGAGUAUCUACGAAUCGCUUUGGAGACUUUGAGAAACGAGAAGCUAUACGCCAAAUUCAGCAAGUGUGAAUUUUGGCUGAAAGAAGUAAACUUUCUUGGACAUAUUGUGUCGGCGGAAGGAAUCAGAGUGGACCCCGCCAAAGUUGAAGCCGUGCAACAAUGGAAGUCACCAUCAACACCAAACGAGAUUCGGAGUUUCCUAGGCUUGGCAGGAUACUACCGAAGGUUUAUAGAAGGGUUCUCUAAGAUAGUGAGACCAAUGACGCAACAACUUAAGAAGGGAGUCAAGGUGAAUUGGACCCCAGAGUGUGAAGCAAGCUUUCAACUCUUGAAGGAGAAGUUGACCACCGCGCCAGUUUUAGCUGUGCCCGAGUCUGGAGUGAACUACGUAGUCUACACCGAUGCUUCGAAGGUUGGACUAGGAUGCGUGUUGAUGCAAAACAAUAAGGUGAUCGCCUACGCGUCACGACAGUUAAGACCACACGAGUUGAACUACCCAACACACGAUUUGGAGUUAGCAGCAGUGAAGGACUUGAACAUGAGACAACGAAGAUGGCUCGAACUAGUGAAGGACUACGAUUGUGGUAUCAAUUACCACCACGACAAAGCAAAUGUGGUGGCAGAUACUUUGAGCCGAAAGGACCAUUCGCAACUAGCUUUCCUGACGGAAGAAGAAAGUUUGAUACGAGAGUUUAGUAGAUUGCGAUUGGAAGUGAUAAGGGCACCUGGAACUGUGGAAGGACGAAUCGCCACCUUAGUGGUGGAGCCAGAUUUGAAAACAAGAAUCGUUGCAGCGCAACGAAUGGAUGCGAAACUCGAAGAGAUUCGAGUGGAAGUGAGAACUAGCAAGUCGGGAAAUUUUAGCGAGGAGUCCGAUAAUGCCCUCAUGUUUGAAGGAAGACUAUGCGUGCCUGACAACGAGGAACUCAAGAACGAGAUCAUGAGUGAAGCUCAUGAGACUCCAUACACUGCUCACCCUGGAAGUACAAAGAUGUACCAAGACUUGAAGAAGUCAUUUUGGUGGAAUGGCAUGAAGAGGGAUUGA